AUGGAGUGGAAGGCGCCUAGCAAGAGAGCCUUCUUUGAAGCUCUCGAGAGAUUAGACCAAUCAGAUGACAGUGAUGAUGGAUAUGACUUCUUGAAAACAGUUGCGCCUCUUAGGCCUUCCACUAUUUCAAACUCAACUGACGUUGAUUUUUCAUCUUGCCCGAAGACUUCGUUGCCUGGAACGCUUGCACGCGCAAACACAGAUCCAAAAUUAUUUUCAGAUAAGAGACUGAGAUCUAUCAAGGACAGAGCAGUUGAACUAAAUCACCCACGAAGAACCGAGUCGUCUGCCACAUCAGAGGUGAGGGGUGUUCAAAGGUCCAAUACAACCGGAAGCAUGCCUGCGACCAAAAGUGGAGCUCCUGCUUCAAAGAAACGGAAGUCAAACAGCAAUAACACAAAGGUGGUGCCUGAAGACCAGCAGAUUUUCAAGGAACUUGUCUUUUUCUUCUUUCCCAACAACGAUGUAUCUCCAGCACGGCGGCUUAGGAUCCAGCGUGCUCGGGAGUAUGGGGCGCAAUGGGCUCUUAGCCUUUCCGAAGAAGUGACACAUGUGAUUGUGGACAAAGGGUUGCGAUACCAGGACCUUCUCAAGCACAUCAAAUUGGAGAUCAUUCCUGAAGGCAUCGCUCUCGUCAAUGAAACUUACCCGUCCGAUUGCAUCAGAUUCCGCUCGAUGCUAAGUUCAUCAUAUGAACGCUUCCGAGUUGAUGGAGUCCCAGAGAUAGCCGAAAAGGCCAAUCCCACCACAUGUGCAGAACUAGAGCCGGAAACUCCUGCAUCGCUACCUGUCAAGAAAUCCAAAAGAGAACUGGAGCAGAGUCAAGAGUCCAGUCAAAAAUCCACUGUGGAAAAUGACCUUGUAGCACCGUCUGCUGCGCCGGCUCAGGAGAUCGAUCAAAGUGCGACAAGUCGCGAACGCGAUGCUUUGGACGACUUGAUCGACGAGUCAAGAGCAAUAACAGAUAAACAAUCGGACGACGAGUCUACUGCCUCAUCAGACUCUGAACGACACCGGAAGAUUCCCGAACUACCUAAAGAAAAGCGGACCAAAUCCUGGGCCAUGAGCUUCGCAUGCAUGCAGAAGCCGGAUUCCGAUGCACCUCGAAACAACCCAAACAAGAGAACCAUAGAAAUCUUACAACAAAUGUCCGAUUACUAUGAACGAAUGGCAGAUCACUGGCGCAGUUUUUCUUAUCGCAGGGCGAUCAACGCUUUGCGCAGACAAACCGAGAAGAUUGUUACACGAAAGCAAGCUCGGUCUAUUCGCGGUAUCGGGGAGCGAUUGGCGGAUAAGAUCGAAGAGAUCGUGCUGACAGACCGACUCCGCCAACUUGACAAUACGGGCUCCACACCGGAGGACCGAAUCGUUCAGGAAUUCAUUGGCAUCUUCGGUGUUGGUCUGAUUCAAGCGUAUAAAUGGUUGGCUCAAGGAUUUCGGUCCCUGGAGGACCUCCUGACCAAUGCGCAGUUGAGCCCCAACCAGCGUAUCGGUGUGGAGCACUACCACGACUUCAUGCAGCGAAUCCCGCGUAAGGAGGUUGAAGCCCAUGGUGUGAUUGUUCAGAAGGCCGUCCACUCGAUUGAUCCAGACAUGCAGGUGAUCAUCGCGGGGUCUUACCGCCGCGGGGCACUGGAUUCAGGGGACAUCGACGUCCUUAUAACGAAGCCUGAUACAUCCCUGGACCAUAUCCGAUCCCUUAUGAAUGACCAGGUGAUUCCCAAACUAUUUGCCGAUGGUUUCCUUCAGGUUGGACUUGCAACAUCUCGCCAAGAUGAUCAUGAUGGAUCUAAAUGGCAUGGGGCAUCUACUCUCCCCGGGAGUACGAUCCGGCGACGUAUCGAUCUUCUUUUCGUGCCUGGCGAAGAAUUUCGGGCAGCGUUGAUUUAUUUUACUGGGAAUGACAUUUUCAAUCGCAGUAUGCGACUCCUUGCCCAUAAAAAAGGGUUAUGUUUGAAUCAGCGCGGGCUUUAUGCAAAUGUGCUACGCAACGCGCAGCGGGUGAAGGUCAACCCGGGCCGAUUACUGGAGAGUCGGGAUGAGCGUCGAAUUUUCGCUUUACUAGGAGUGCCGUGGCGACCACCUGAACAGCGAAUAUGCUAA